UGGGAUUGGAAAUGGGUGACAAGAUGAAGUUGGUAAGGACUAAGGACCAUACCUUUGAAAGAAUUUCUAUGCAACAAAUUUAAUCUUUGACAUGAAACUAGCAAGAAUAGAAGAGGAAAUAACCUUGUCAUGUCAAUGCCUCAUUUCAUUUUCCCCCGCCCCCUCUUCUAAGGACUAAUGCACCAAAACAAUCUUCUUUUCCCCCAGUAAUCUCCCUGCCUCAUUUCAUUGUUUUCUGUUUCAGGACAAUAUGCUUAAACAUGGUACAUUCGCAGUACGAUGAUGCCAGUGAAGGUAGACCAUUAGAGGUGGCUAAAGGACAGAAUACAAGUUGAACGAAGAUUCUAAGCCCAAGGCAUAGCUCCAUGUUGCAGUUUCCAUUGGCUGAGUUGCUGCUGUUGGGUUUGAAAUUGCCGCAGCUACAACCGCAUUGUCAUGAUCUGGUGAGCAGAUAACAAAGGCUUGGAUGGUAAAGGUAUCUGCUGCAACCUUAAUGGCAGCACAAUACCUAGAGGCUGCAGUGACAAAGAAGCCAGAGCUCGAGCACCUUGAAUCUGUCAUUAGCUCUGUCGUUAAUGUGACGCUGAAAACGAAGAAACAUAUUACCAGGACUGUCUUCAAACAGAAUGAUGAGGAAGCUCAUUCUGCUGCCAAUGAAGGCGGCAUCAGGAUCCCUUGCGUGAGUAAGAGGUCUAGUUGUAGCACUGCUGCACUUAUGUUGUUCUUGUCAUCACAAACAGAGGGAGUAGCCACAAAGGAUGAGAGUUUCUUUGCAUUGGAAAGGUGGAAAUGGGUCGCAUCUCCAUGA